CGGCCUAGUGGCUGGUUUGUUAGUUAAUGACGCAAUAUCCUCAUUAUUUUACUCCGCGGAGUAGGACACUAGGACGCACUCCACGCAGGUUAUUACUAAAAUAUCAACAUAUAUAUUAUAUUAUUAUUUUAAUAUUUCAUGGUACAGCCAUGUAAAUAUUAUGUAAUAAUGUACUAUACAUGUUAAAUUGGUAUUUUGGUCGCGAUCAACGUUAUCAUGUUGUCCGACACCGUAGCGGCGUAGCUCGGUAUCGUCGCUGAUUCGUUCAUGCUUUUUUUUCGACAUUGUUGUCAUUUCAUGUAUAACGCAUGAGUUUUGUAGCCGACGAAAAUUACAUCUUUGUCGAUAGCCUGAGUGUCGUACUCUCCCCAAACUUUUUCGUUUCGCGUGAGCUCAUAUUUUUUAUCUUAAAAGUAUAAUAUUAUAGUUUAUAAUACCGAGGCCUAACGUCAACCUCUGAAACUCUGUGGUUCGCCGGGUUUGGGCGUUUGGCCAACUGAACUGUUGGACGUCGAUCACCGCUGGAACCAAACCAAAUCUCGCCGAAAAUCAAUAAAUAACGAUGUCUGCCUGUCAUUGGUCCCACCGCUCGUAGCUGACAACAUUAACCGCUGCCGCCUCUCACCGGGUGCCGUCGUCUGAUCUUUUGGUUUGCGCUGGUGCAGGAGUCCUCAAACAGCCGUUCACCAUGAACAACACACAGAUGCAUUUGCACAGUGAGAACUUCGAUCUCUGCAGAAUUUGUCUGCUAGAACCGGAAUCGAAUAGACACGUCAAGUUUAUACACAUUUUCACGCCUAGCAAUGGCGAAUUAAAUAUGAAUCAACAGAUUAUGGAACUAUUAGGAGUCAAAGUGGAGAAGGAUGAUAUAAAACCAAAAAUGGUGUGCGAAAAUUGUCAUACUUUAUUAUUAAGCUUUAUUGAAAUGAAGAAGAAAGCGGCCGAAUCUCAAAUUGUCAUCAACUACAUUGCUACAAAAAAAUUUGGUACUUCUAUCCCUGGAACAUCUAAUGCAUCUUAUUCAUCACCAAAUUCAAGGAAUAAAGAACAGUCUUCCAAUGCAUCAUCUUCAUUCACAAAUUCUCGAUCUACUACAAAACAAUUAAAUACAAAUAAAUAUAAUGUAAAUGGUUGCAGUAGUAGUGGGAGCAAUAGUGUCAAUAGUAAUAAUAAACAAGGUGAUUUUAGUUGCUCAUCUAUCACAAAUCAUUCAAAAUCAGCAACAGUUGAUAGUGAAUCGGAUGAUGAUAUUAUAUCAUGUGUAGAAGUAGAAAACCAAGUUGAAACAAUUGAUUUAUUAUCAUCAGACAACGAAGAAACUUGCAAAAAUGAAUGCAUAAAUGAAGUUGAAAAAUUAUACUACUGCUCCAUCUGUCAAAAGAAGAAUAUUUUGAACCAUGAUUGUUCUCAAUACAAUAAAUCUUUCUUUACUUGUUUGGUGCCUAAUUGUAACAUUCUAUCAAGAUCAAAAAAAGAUUUUACACCACAUUAUCGCAGACAUAUUGGUUUGUCUUCAACUGCAGUUAUGUGUCGUCGUUGCUAUCAAGAAAUUAAAACAACUGACCGUGAUGCCAGUGGUCAUUUUCACAUUAGUUGCCGUACUGUAAAUUUAUUUAAAUGUUAUGCAUGUAAUGUUGUAUUUAACAGUAUGGAGGAAUUCGCCUAUCACAAAUUAAAAUCACAUAAUGGCCGAUUAAUGAACUCUUUCGGUAAUUAUUUAUGUUUUUAUUGUGAAAAAUCAGCUCCAGAUCUAACACAAAUUAUUGAGCAUAGUAAGCAUUGUGUUCAGAACCAGACACAAAAUGUAACUGAGUACGGUAUGAAACUUAAAGAACCUACUGAAAAUGAAACUGAUUUAAUACCAGUUAAGAAAAGUCCUCCAAAGAAUGUACUGGAACGUAGAAGAGGAUAUGUGAAAAAGAUUCCACGUUCAUCAACGCAUGUACUUUUUACUUGUUUAAAACCUUCUUGCAAUCUCAUCUUCCAAAACUUUAAUGUUUUUAAAUUUCAUCAUCGUGAACAUUUUGAAUUAGGAAAUACGUUGAUGUGUUGGCAAUGCUGUGUGCCAUUUCCUACUUUAAAUAGUCUUAGAGUUCAUCAAGUAAAAGGUAACUGUCGUAUUCCUGGCAUGUUCAAAUGUUAUCAAUGUUCUGAACAAUUUGAUGAUCUUGAAAGUUUGAGUAUUCAUAAAUUUACCUUACAUGAUGGUGAAUUAAUAGCAAAUAAAAAAAAUAAUAAAAGUAUUAUGUGUAGAUACUGUAAUAAGGGAACUCUUAUUCAUAACUUUAAAUCUCAUUUGAUCACAUGUCAAUACAAUAAUGUAGAUAAACGUUUAAAAAUUAAGCCUAAAUCUAAAGCUACCUACACAAAAAAGUAUAAAAGUCCUUAUAAAUGUAAUGUUUGUAAUAAAGUGUGUCUUACAGCAGCAGCGUUAUCAAGUCAUUUAAAGACUCACAAUCCAUCUCGGCCAAAAAUAAAAUUGAUAAAAAAAUUACCGAGUAAGACAGCAGCAACUUUAUCAAGUCAUACAAAGACUCACAAUCCAUCUGGGUCAAAAAUAAAAUUGAUCAAAGAAUUACCGAGAACGACAGAAGAACCAAUAUCGGCAAUGAAAGAAGAAUAUCUUAUGAUGGCCAACUCUGGUAUUAAACAUGAACCUGGUGAAGAAAUAAUUCCAAGUACUUCUUAUGAUUACGGUAUAAUUGAAUGUAUGAAUAAUGACAUGAUCGACUAUCCUGAUGAUGGAAACAAUGAAAUAGAUGAUGAAACGAAUACAUUAUCUGAUAAUACUCGAACCGAUGGAACAAUGGAAUCUAAUAAUUAUGAAUCAUACUUAUUUAGAUGUAAAAAGUGUCCUAGAAAAUUUAAAUCAAAUUCAGGAUUGGCAAGACAUAGGCAAUUUUGUGAUAAAAAUACUUUGAAAAGAGUACCUGAAAAUUAUUAUUGUACUAAAUGUAAAAAAUAUUUUACACGCCUAUCGUUUUUUCAACAUUGGAGAAUAUAUCAUGGAAAGAGACUUCCAUAUCAUAAAUAUAGAAGGUAUACGUGUAAACAAUGUCCCUUUCAAUUUAUGUACCUAGUAGCAUUAACAAUGCAUAUGGAACAUGUGCAUGGUUUACAGGAUAAUGUAACUUUACCAUCUAAUAUAACUCCUAUGAACAAUGAAGAAAUGUUACCAAUUAUAUCAGAAACAACAUCAUUGGCUAACAAUAUUGCUGAAACAACAUCAGCGGCCAACGAAAGGUCUAAAAUAAUUGCACUGGCCAACGAUAUUUCUGAAAGAAUGGCAAUGGCUUACAAUAUUCCUGAAACAUCAUGGGCCAACAAUAUUCCUGAAACAUCAUGGGCCAACAAUAUUCCUCAAACAUCAUGGGCCAACAAUAUUCCUCAAACAUCAUGGGCCAACAAUAUUCCUGAAACAAUUACUGAAAAUAAUAAGGAACACAAUGUACAAAUUAAACAAGAAGCAAAUGCUAAUACAUUAUCAAAUCAAUGCGGAGUGUCCGAUAACAACAUUAAAGAAAAUAUCACUGAACAUAAUGCAAAUGAAAGAAAUAAUGAAAUCAGUGUCGUACAAAACAAUGAAGAACAGGGUAUAAGCAAUAGUAAUGAUGAUGGAGAUAAUGAAACUGACGUUUACACUGCUCAAAGUAUAAAUCAAAUGAUGGAUCAAUUGAAUGAUGAUGAAAAUAUUAUAAGUCUCUUGGAUGAUGAUGAUGAUGAUGAUGAUACAAUGGCAGUUAAUAAUGAACACUCAAUGGAUGUUUCAGAAUGUGUCAAUAUUGACAAGACAAACACUAAAGUUGAUAAAAAUGAAACAAGUAUAUCAUCUUCUGUUAUAGAGAAGCAAAAUCGUAUAGGCCGUGAAUUGGUAGCAUUAAAUGAUAUCGAAAUUGUCAUUGUCAAUGGUGUAAAUGAAAACAAAAUCAAUAACUCAGUUCAAGCACUCCCUUCUUCAGAUGGAUAAAAAACCAAGGGACAAGCAAAUUUAUUAAUUUUUAUCAUUUUCUAAAUAAAAUUUAAUCUAUUU